AUGAUCCCGGAUGAUGAAGGUGUUUUGGGCAGCACUGAGAAUUCUUUCCAGAAGUUCCAUGCUUCCUUGGAUCUCCUUAAAGAUGCUGGGCUUGGGCAGCUGGCCACAAUGGCUGGUAUAGAUCAGUCAGAUUUUCAUUUACUAGGUCGUCUCCAGAUGAAUUCCACUGUUAGUAGUCUACCUAAAGAAGAAAAGAAGGCACUUGAAGAAGAAAAAUCAGAAUCAAAGCAGAGUGCCCCAGUACAAAUGCAAAAUCUCCAAUUUCAAAAAAUUACAGGUGAUGCUGGGAUUCCUUUGCCUCUCGACUCCUUCCAUGUCCCAGUCUCUAGUCAGGAAGCCUUAGAAACUUCCAAAGACAACCUGGGGGUCCCAGUCACAGAGCAGCGGCACGAGUCUUUUGAAGAUUUCAUUGCUAGAACAUGCUCUCCUUCAGCAGACAUCAUUUCUGGAACUGGAAGUCAAAGAAAAGAAGAGGAAUUAUCUAGAAAUAGCAGGUCUUCUUCAGAGAAAAUGAGCAAAGCAGGUGAAUAUACCAAAAAAUACUCUGCUAAGGAACAACCUGGGAAGGACCUGCAUUCCUGCACUGACUCACCUGUAAAGCAGAAAAGCAAAGGAAUUGGGCAAAAUAAUUCUUUGCUUAAUGAACCAAUUAGAAGUGAGUCUUCGAAAAAACACAUUUCUGUUAAGAAAGAGAGUAGAAUAGUGACUGUUUCAUCAAAGACAACUAAAAGUAAACUCAGUCUACUAGAACAUUCUGAAAGUGAUACUCUUGGAUCUGAUUGUGAAUUUCCAGAAACCAUCCAUACUCCAUCAUGCCUAACAUAG